AUGAGCAAUUCAUAAGUAAGAUCAGAAUCACCAUCAUUCUAAAAAAUGUAAGCUUUAGCAGAUAAAUGGACUUAAUUAAAGGCUGGAAUGGAAAGAGAUAAAUUUGAAAAAAAAGAAAUUAUUGAUGCAUCUCUCCAAAAGAUCGACAGUUUAUUAAAUUACGAUAAAAUAAAGGAUGAAGAUAGGUUUAAAACACUCAAAGAAUAAAUUUUAAAACUUAGUGAUCAAAUCAAUAAUGAGAAGUUUGGGAAAGAACAUUAUGUUAGAUAUUAAGAAUAGUUACAACAAUUCGAAGAUUUAAUUAAUAAAUAAUUGGAUGAGGAAAAAAAUAGUAAGAGAAGAGUGGAAAUGUAGCUUUUAAAAUAAAUAGAAGAUAGAUUUGACACAGUUCAUGGCAUGCUUGAAAAAAACAAUUCAGUCUAUUAUGAUAAAUUUAAUAGAUAAAUAGGAGAUGUAGGCAAUCAAUUAAAAGAACUAAGAUAUACUGUUGAAAAUGAACAAUAAACUAGAACUGACUCAUAGGCUCACUUAAUAGAAUAAAUGGAUUUAGAAUUAAAUAAAUUUUAGGAAAUGAUGUCUAUAGAAAGAUCUGUUCGAGAGGAAACUGAGAAAAAGAUAUUUUCUAUGAUCGAAGAAGUACAUUAGAAAAUCUAAUUUGAAAUAUAAGCUGAAAGAUAGCAAAAAGAAAGGUCUCAUGAGAGUAUUCUAAAAUUAUUAGAAUAAACUUGUAUCAAAAUAGAUGAAAGCUUCAAUUAAUGAAUUAUAAUUAAUUAUUAUUGUUAUAAGAAUUUAAUAAAAAUUAAA